UCCAAAAAUCUGAAGGCUGUAGCUUGUACUUAGAUUCAAGCCAAAUCCUCUCCUUUAAUUAAUUCUCCACGAAAUUAUUCGAAUGUUAUUUUGUCGUUGAUGCGUAGGUAAUCACAGAAUGAUCAGAAGAUUACAGCUGAAUCAAGUCUGAAGAUCCAAUUUCCAUGGAAGAAUGACAUCCCACGUUGGUUCCUGCUCUUGAAUUUCCUUUUCGCAAGAGAAGUUCAUGCUUCAAGCCAAGGAGUCGAAGUGAUUAAUAUUUUCAGCCUUUGGAUUUUGGUAGAAGAGUAAGACUGUAAGGUUAUUUUAAGUUCAAAAAAUGGCAAUGGCAUCUCUAGUAAAGGUGAUUUUGGGCUCAAUUGCCUUUGCAAUCUUUUGGGUUUUGGCGGUGUUCCCAGCUGUCCCUUUCCUACCAGUAGGGAGAACUGCAGGGUCCCUUUUAGGGGCCAUGCUUAUGGUUAUAUUCCGAGUUGUAACACCUGAUGAAGCCUAUGAUGCAAUUGAUCUUCCCAUUCUUGGUCUUCUCUUUGGGACAAUGGUUGUGAGUGUGUAUCUGGAAAGAGCAGAUAUGUUUAAGUACUUGGGUAAGUUGCUCUCUUGGAAGAGCAAAGGAGCCAAGGACUUAAUUUGCAGAAUCUGCUUGAUUUCAGCCAUGUCAAGUGCCCUUUUCACCAAUGACACCUCUUGUGUGGUCUUGACUGAAUUUGUACUAAAAAUUGCUAGACAACAUAAUCUCCCCCCUCAUCCAUUCCUCAUUGCCCUUGCAUCAAGUGCUAACAUAGGAUCUUCAGCAACUCCAAUUGGCAACCCUCAAAACUUGGUUAUAGCUAUUCAGGGUAAGCUCAGUUUUGGGAAGUUUCUAAUUGGAGUCCUCCCUGCAAUGCUUGUGGGAGUUUUUGUGAAUGCUGUGCUUAUUCUUCUCAUGUACUGGAGAGUAUUAACUUCUCAAAAGGAUGAAGAAGAUGCAAUUGCUGAUACUGUUGCAGAAGAGGAUGUGAAUUCUCAUCGGUUUUCACCGGCCACUAUGUCACAUGUGACAUCCUUAAACUCUCAGGAAUGGCACUCUAAAGUGGGAUCUUUUAAUUUGCAAAGUUCUGACAAUGUCUAUGGCAAUAUUGGUCAUGGUGAUACUCUUAGAAAUCGAGCUGGUUCCACUGAGAAUGAAAUCCAGAAGGUAUAUAGUGGUCCACUUGAAACACCGGGAAAUUCAAAUGAAUUAAAAGAGGUGUCAAUGGAUGUAUUAGCAGUUACAUUGAGCAAUGCUGUUUCUCAGCGGUCAGAUGGAAAGAAAUAUUCGGCCACAAGGUGGAAAAAAAUAUUGUGGAAAUCUUGUGUUUACCUUGUAACUGUAGGAAUGCUAUUUUCUUUGCUUAUUGGUCUCAACAUGUCAUGGACCGCAAUUACUGCUGCACUUGCUCUUGUGGUCGUUGAUUUCAAAGAUGCUGGACCAAGCUUAGAAAAGGUAUCUUACUCCCUUUUAAUUUUCUUCUGUGGAAUGUUUAUCACGGUGCAUGGCUUUAACAAAACUGGAAUUCCAAACGUUUUAUGGAAUUUGAUGGAGCCCCAUGCACACAUUGAUCAUGCGAGUGGGAUAGCAGUUCUUGCUGUUGUUAUUCUUGUCCUGUCAAAUGUGGCUUCCAAUGUACCAACUGUGCUCCUGCUUGGAGGUCGAGUAGCAGCGUCUGCAGCUGCAAUUUCUGCAGUUGAGGAGAAGAAGGCAUGGCUAAUAUUAGCUUGGGUGAGCACGGUAGCUGGGAACCUGUCAUUGCUUGGAUCAGCAGCCAAUUUGAUAGUCUGUGAACAAGCUCGCCGAGCUCCUCAAGUUAAAUAUACCUUAUCCUUCUGGAAUCACCUCAAAUUCGGGCUCCCCUCAACCCUCAUCAUUACGGCUAUUGGCUUGACGUUGAUAAAGUAAUUAAGUCUCAUCUCCUUCUUCUUCAGCAGAAUCUUACUUCCAACAAAGCUGCUUCACUGUACAGCUUUAGAUUAUGAUCUAGAGUAAAGAAAAACGUUUUUCUUGCUCAGAAUGGUUGCCAGUCUCCGUUUCAGUUGUUUCUGAUGAACUGUAACUUUUGUUGUUUCGUGUUUGCUUUAUUUUCGAGUGUAAUCUUAAAAACAAAAUAAAUUUCUUGACUAUUAUGCUGUCUG